AUGCAUCCUCAAGUUUAUGGAAAUCAUACAGAUGAUGGUUCAUCUUCAACAUUUUCAUUAAAUCCGACGACAACAACGACAAAUAAUACUACUACUAAUAAUAAUAAUAACAAUGGUCAAGAUGGAUCAACUAUUGAAAGCAAUCAUUCAUCACCUGUCUGGCCUAUACCAUCAACAUCAUCAUCAUCAAUAGCAAUACCAGUUAGUACAGGAAAUGGUUCGCAUCCAUUGGCUAAUACUGAUUUAUUUUCUCCUGAACCAUAUUCAGUUGCAGCUAUGGCUGUAUCACGUUAUGCUGAUGAUCUUUAUAUGAAUUGUUAUUCAACAAAAAUGAAUUCACUUUUACUUGCUCAAGCAGCAACAAAUAAAUUAAAUGAUCCAGCAAAUACUUAUAAUCCUUAUUGUUAUCCAUUUGAUGAACCACGUGAAUGUGUUAAUUGUGGUGCAGCAGCAUCACCACAAAAUACACGUUGGAGUAAAGAUGGUAGUGGUUUUAAUUUAUGUAAUAAAUGUGGUAUUUAUUCGUCUCGUACGCAUAAAAUUCCAACAAAUUCAACAUUAUAUACAACAGGAACUAAUACAAAUGAUCGAUCUAUUCGAAAGAGUGGUACACUUCAUCGUUCAGGGAAUCAAUGUGCAAAUUGUUGUACAACAGAUACAACAUUAUGGAGACGAAAUGCAAGUGGAGAAAGUGUUUGUAAUGCUUGUGGUCUUUAUUAUAAAUUACAUGGAGUUAAUCGACCAAUGACAUUAAAGAAAGAUGGUAUUCAAACUCGUAAACGUAAAUCAAAAAAAGAUAAAUCACCUAAAACAAUUGAUGUUACACUUCUUAAUAAGAACAGCCGACGAACUUCUCCAACAAUAUCUGAAGCAGCUGCCUGUUCAUCUGAACAUCAUCAACAAUCGAAUCUUGAUUUAUCAUCACCACCACCAUUAUCACAAACAAUGCCAGUACCAUCAACAAAUUAUGCAAAUGGUUGUACACCUGAUAAUUUAUUAUUUUCUUAUGAAACAUCAAAUCCUCAUCAUCAUUUUUAUAAUAAUUAUUAUGCACCGUCACCACCUAUUAAACAAUUAGCAUCACAAUAUGAUUAUCAUCAUCAUCAUCAUCAUCACCAUCAACAACAACAACAACAAUCACAUUAUUAUCAAGGUCAUUCAACACUUUUUUCUAAAGUAAAACAUGAAAGUCAACCAUUAUUUACUACAAAUGAUAAUUCAUGGAUUGGACAAACAAAUUUUGGUGUAUGA